AUGGCGGCCAGGACUCUCAAGAUUGGUCUCAUCCCCGGUGAUGGCAUCGGCAAGGAAGUCAUUCCCGCCGGCCGACGCAUCCUCGAGGCUCUCCCGGCCUCUCUCGGUCUGAAGUUCGAGUUCAUCGACCUCAAGGCCGGCUGGGAGACCUUUGAGCAGACGGGCAACGCCCUGCCCGACGAGACCGUCUCGAUCCUCAAGUCGGAGUGCGACGGCGCUCUUUUCGGAGCCGUCAGCUCGCCCACCAAGGCCGUCAAGGGCUACUCUUCGCCCAUCGUCGCCCUGCGCAAGAAGCUCGACCUGUACGCCAACGUCCGCCCUGUCAAGUCGGUCCGCGGCCCCGGCGUCAAGCCCAUCGACAUGGUCAUUGUGCGCGAGAACACGGAAGAUCUCUACGUCAAGGAGGAGAAGACGUACGACACGCCCGAGGGCAAGGUGGCCGAGGCCAUCAAGCGCAUUUCCCAGCGGGCCUCUUCGCGCAUCGCCACCAUCGCCGGUGAGAUUGCCCUGCGCCGCCAAAAGAUCCGCGAGGGCGGCUCCCCCUCCAUCCACAAGGGUCCUCUCGUGACCGUCACCCACAAGUCCAACGUGCUCUCGCAAACCGACGGCCUCUUCCGCUCCACCGCUCGCGAAGCCCUCGCCGCCGGCCGCUUCACUUCCGUCGCCGUUGAGGAGCAAAUCGUCGACAGCAUGGUAUACAAGCUCUUCCGCCAGCCCGAGGCCUACGACGUCAUCGUCGCGCCCAACCUUUACGGCGACAUCCUUUCCGACGGCGCCGCCGCCCUGGUCGGCUCGCUCGGUCUCGUCCCCUCCGCCAAUGUCGGCGAGGGCUUCGCUAUCGGUGAGCCCUGCCACGGCUCCGCGCCCGACAUUCAGGGCCAGGGCAUCGCCAACCCCAUCGCCACUCUCCGCUCCGCUGCGCUCAUGCUCGAGUUCCUCAACGAGGAGGAGGCUGCGGCCAAGAUCUACGCUGCUGUCGAUGCCAACCUCGAGGAGGGCAAGCUUCUGAGCCCCGACCUUGGCGGCAAGGCCAAGACUGAGGAGGUUGUGCAGGAUAUCCUCCGCCGUCUCUAA